UAAAUUCUUCUUCCUAUAUCUUCCACUUAAGUUACACAAGAUUUAAGGGUAUUCCAAAGUCCCUAAGCAGUGAAACGCAAAUAUGCAAUGCAGUGAAAAUUGUUUCCGCUCCGCUCUCCACUGUCAGUGUCAUGGUGGAGCUUCCCAAAUCCCUCUCUUCCCACAGUCUUCUCAAGCUGCUCAAAGCUCAGAAGUCCCUUCUCUCUGCCCUUAGCCUCUUCGACGACGCCACGCGCCGCCCCGGCUUUGUCCCCUCCUCCGCCGUCUUCCACCACAUCCUCCGCCGCCUGGCCACCGACCCCGCCCUCUUCCUCGCCCACGCGCAACGUAUUGUCUCCUCCAUUCGCUGCCCCUGCCACGAGGAGGUGCCCCUCGUCCUCCUCAAAGCCUACGCCAAAUCCCGCAUGCCCGACGAAGCCCUGCACGUGUUCCAAACCAUGCCGCAAGUGUUCGGGUGCACCCCCACCACACGCUCCUUCAAUACCCUCCUCAACGCGUUCGUUGAAUCGAACCAAUGGGCACGGGCUGAGGGCUUCUUCAAGUACUUUGAAUCCGCUCGCGUGUUGCCGAAUGUCGAAACCUAUAACGUUAUCAUGAAGGUGUUGUGUAAAAAGCGUGAGUUUGAGAAGGUUAGGGAGUUGCUGACGUGGAUGUCGAGUGCGGGGUUGAGCCCUGAUAAGGUCACUUACGGUACUUUGAUUGGUGCAACGGCGAAGAGUGGAGAUUUGGGAUUUGCACUUGAAGUGUUCGAUGAAAUGCGUGAGCACGGGGUGGAACCUGAUGUGGUGUGUUAUAACAUGAUCAUUGAUGGGUUUUUCAAAAGUGGGAAUUUUCUGAAGGCGAGUGAAAUGUGGGAGAGGUUGUUGAGGGAAGAGUCGGUGUUUCCCAGUGUGGUGAGUUAUAACGUCAUGAUUAGUGGCUUGUGUAAGUGUGGUAGGUUUGGUGAGGGUUUGGAGAUAUGGGAGCGGAUGAAGAGGAAUGACAGGAGGCAUGAUUUGUUUACGUAUAGUACUUUGAUACAUGGGUUGAGUGAAGGGGGGGAUUUGGAUGGAGCUAGAAGGGUUUACGAGGAGAUGGUUGGACGAGGUGUUAGGCCUGAUGUUGUUACGUGUAAUGCAAUGCUUAAUGGGUUGUGUAAGGCGGGGAAGGUUAAGGAAUGUUUUGAAUUGUGGGAGGAGAUGGGGAACUGGGGUCUGCGGAACGUGAGAAGUUAUAACAUAUUUCUGAAGGGGUUGUUUGAGAAUGAGAAGGUGGAGGAGGCCAUGUCGAUGUGGGGUGGUUUGUCGAAGGCGGAUUCUGCUACGUUUAGUGUGGUGAUUCAUGGUUUGUGUAGGAAUGGGCAUGUGAAUUGGGCUUUGCGGGUGUUGGAAGAGGCUGAACAGAAGGGAGGUGAUGUGGAUGUGGAUGCUUUUACUUACUCGUCAAUGAUAAACGCUUUGUGCAAAGAAGGGAGAUUAGAUGAGGUAAGUGGAGUCGUAGAACUUAUGAAUAAGCGUGGCUGUAAAUUGAACCUCCAUGUUUGUAAUGUGCUUAUUGAUGGGUUUGUUAAACAUUCGAGACUUGAUAGUGCUGUUAAAGCUUUUGGGGAAAUGGGCAGCAAAGGUUGCCCACCAAAUGUUGUGUCCUAUAAUAUUCUUAUAAAUGGAUUACUGAGAGCUGGAAGAUUUCGUGAGGCUUCUGAUUAUGUUAAUGAAAUGUUGCAAAAAGGGUGGAAACCAGAUAUUAUCACAUAUAGUAUGUUGAUAGAUAGUCUUUAUGAGAACAGGAUGGGGGAGGCAGCCGUUAGGUUGUGGCAUCAGUUUCUUAACACAGGGCAUAUGCCUGAUAUUACUAUGUACAACAUUGUCAUUCAUAGACUUUGUUGUUCUGGGAAAGUGGAAGAUGCUCUGCAGCUUUAUUUAACGAUGAGGCAGAGGAAAUGUAUUAGCCUUGUGACUUACAAUACCAUUAUGGAGGGUUUUUACAAAGUUGGAAACUGCAGAAUGGCAUCAAUGACUUGGGAUCAAAUCUCAGCAGAUGGGCUACAACCCGACAUCAUCUCGUAUAAUAUUACUCUUAAGGGGCUCUGUUCUUGUGGUAGAGUAACAGAUGCAAUUGAGGUUCUAAAUGAUGCUUUGGCGCAUGGUGUUCUGCCAACGGCCAUUACCUGGAACAUAUUAGUUAGAGCAUUGAUAUUUGACAACAUCAGCUACAAGCCUACUAGUAUUAUACUAAAACACAAGUAUUUUACUGGUCUCACAGGAAAUGGGAUUCCGGAGAUGUUUAGGAGAUACAGAGAUACAAAAAACAAAAUUAAUCUCCUAAAUUCUUCUUCCUAUAUCUUCCACUUAAGUUACACAAGAUUUAAGGGUAUUCCAAAGUCCCUAAGCAGUGAAACGCAAAUAUGCAAUGCAGUGAAAAUUGUUUCCGCUCCGCUCUCCACUGUCAGUGUCAUGGUGGAGCUUCCCAAAUCCCUCUCUUCCCACAGUCUUCUCAAGCUGCUCAAAGCUCAGAAGUCCCUUCUCUCUGCCCUUAGCCUCUUCGACGACGCCACGCGCCGCCCCGGCUUUGUCCCCUCCUCCGCCGUCUUCCACCACAUCCUCCGCCGCCUGGCCACCGACCCCGCCCUCUUCCUCGCCCACGCGCAACGUAUUGUCUCCUCCAUUCGCUGCCCCUGCCACGAGGAGGUGCCCCUCGUCCUCCUCAAAGCCUACGCCAAAUCCCGCAUGCCCGACGAAGCCCUGCACGUGUUCCAAACCAUGCCGCAAGUGUUCGGGUGCACCCCCACCACACGCUCCUUCAAUACCCUCCUCAACGCGUUCGUUGAAUCGAACCAAUGGGCACGGGCUGAGGGCUUCUUCAAGUACUUUGAAUCCGCUCGCGUGUUGCCGAAUGUCGAAACCUAUAACGUUAUCAUGAAGGUGUUGUGUAAAAAGCGUGAGUUUGAGAAGGUUAGGGAGUUGCUGACGUGGAUGUCGAGUGCGGGGUUGAGCCCUGAUAAGGUCACUUACGGUACUUUGAUUGGUGCAACGGCGAAGAGUGGAGAUUUGGGAUUUGCACUUGAAGUGUUCGAUGAAAUGCGUGAGCACGGGGUGGAACCUGAUGUGGUGUGUUAUAACAUGAUCAUUGAUGGGUUUUUCAAAAGUGGGAAUUUUCUGAAGGCGAGUGAAAUGUGGGAGAGGUUGUUGAGGGAAGAGUCGGUGUUUCCCAGUGUGGUGAGUUAUAACGUCAUGAUUAGUGGCUUGUGUAAGUGUGGUAGGUUUGGUGAGGGUUUGGAGAUAUGGGAGCGGAUGAAGAGGAAUGACAAGAGGCAUGAUUUGUUUACGUAUAGUACUUUGAUACAUGGGUUGAGUGAAGGGGGGGAUUUGGAUGGAGCUAGAAGGGUUUACGAGGAGAUGGUUGGACGAGGUGUUAGGCCUGAUGUUGUUACGUGUAAUGCAAUGCUUAAUGGGUUGUGUAAGGCGGGGAAGGUUAAGGAAUGUUUUGAAUUGUGGGAGGAGAUGGGGAACUGGGGUCUGCGGAACGUGAGAAGUUAUAACAUAUUUCUGAAGGGGUUGUUUGAGAAUGAGAAGGUGGAGGAGGCCAUGUCGAUGUGGGGUGGUUUGUCGAAGGCGGAUUCUGCUACGUUUAGUGUGGUGAUUCAUGGUUUGUGUAGGAAUGGGCAUGUGAAUUGGGCUUUGCGGGUGUUGGAAGAGGCUGAACAGAAGGGAGGUGAUGUGGAUGUGGAUGCUUUUACUUACUCGUCAAUGAUAAACGCUUUGUGCAAAGAAGGGAGAUUAGAUGAGGUAAGUGGAGUCGUAGAACUUAUGAAUAAGCGUGGCUGUAAAUUGAACCUCCAUGUUUGUAAUGUGCUUAUUGAUGGGUUUGUUAAACAUUCGAGACUUGAUAGUGCUGUUAAAGCUUUUGGGGAAAUGGGCAGCAAAGGUUGCCCACCAAAUGUUGUGUCCUAUAAUAUUCUUAUAAAUGGAUUACUGAGAGCUGGAAGAUUUCGUGAGGCUUCUGAUUAUGUUAAUGAAAUGUUGCAAAAAGGGUGGAAACCAGAUAUUAUCACAUAUAGUAUGUUGAUAGAUAGUCUUUAUGAGAACAGGAUGGGGGAGGCAGCCGUUAGGUUGUGGCAUCAGUUUCUUAACACAGGGCAUAUGCCUGAUAUUACUAUGUACAACAUUGUCAUUCAUAGACUUUGUUGUUCUGGGAAAGUGGAAGAUGCUCUGCAGCUUUAUUUAACGAUGAGGCAGAGGAAAUGUAUUAGCCUUGUGACUUACAAUACCAUUAUGGAGGGUUUUUACAAAGUUGGAAACUGCAGAAUGGCAUCAAUGACUUGGGAUCAAAUCUCAGCAGAUGGGCUACAACCCGACAUCAUCUCGUAUAAUAUUACUCUUAAGGGGCUCUGUUCUUGUGGUAGAGUAACAGAUGCAAUUGAGGUUCUAAAUGAUGCUUUGGCGCAUGGUGUUCUGCCAACGGCCAUUACCUGGAACAUAUUAGUUAGAGCAUUGAUAUUUUUCUGAUGUGGACUAAUUUUUUAAUAUAAUUUUUUCAGUAUUUUUCCACUAGUUGACAACAUCAGCUACAAGCCUACUAGUAUUAUACUAAAACACAAGUAUUUUACUGGUCUCACAGGAAAUGGGAUUCCGGAGAUGUUUAGGUAUGCGACCAAGCAGCAUUUUUGAGCAUGCUUGUCAUAUUACGCUUCCAGAUAGCGCUUUGAAGGAAAUUUAACGGCCCUGGGCAAACAGCUGCUGGCGAUGGACUACAUCUAAUACACAGGCACAUUACGGUAUUAGGUACUUGGGUGCAAUGCAGCUUGUCUCUAGGAUGCCUAAAUUUUGGAGUUGACUGAACAGAAAAGGGUAAUUUGUUUGGAUUUUUGGGAUAUUUAUCUGCCUCAGGCCUUAUUGGGAAUUUCAGGCAGCAAUUACUAUACUUUUCUAAUUGAUUAGCCAUGCUGUUAAGCUGUACAGAAAUUAGUAACAUUUUGUAGUUAUUAGUUCUCGUUAAUUGUUUAUAUGACAGGAGAUACAGAGAUACAAGUUAGCUUCCAAAUGUACAUUUCUAAAAGCUAGGAUGAUGAUAAAAGUAUGUUUUUCUGUUUUAACAAAAGAUAUGAAAGAAAAGCAUCGCACGGUAACCCAGUUGCCCAGAUUUUGGUGAUUGUAGUUAUAUAACCAAUAUCUGUUGUUGUUGAUGCCAAAACAAAGCUGCAUGAUGUUAUCAGGCCCAAGUUAUAAGCUUCCACCUGGGUUUAUUGCUCAUGCAAUAUCCUUUAAUAAUUGUA